AUGAGCGAGGCUUCUAAUUGCCUACCAGUUGGAAAUACUAUAGGCAUUAUGCAGCAUACAAUUGCUCUCGGGGCUCUUGUUCUAAGCUCUGGCUUCAUAUUAAGCCAAAUUAUAACGCGUAUAAUUUCCGAUGAUGGCCGUCUUCAUGUGUCGGCACUGGCCGGAUGGGCACUCCUUGAAUAUUUUUUUGUCAAUGCGAUAUACCGGCUGCAAUUUCACCCUCUUUCUAAAUAUCCCGGCCCAUGGUGGGCAGCUAUCACGGACUGGUAUACCGUUAUCCAUUUAGCCAAGGGAGACCGGCACCUGGAUUUUUACCGCCUGCACUUGAAACAUGGUAAAUUUGUACGGUUUGGACCUAAUCGGUUAUCCAUUAACUCGGCCGAGGCAUUGCGCGAUAUCUUUGCCGUACGUGCGAAUACACUGAAAUCACAAGUCUACGGAUCAUUUAAAUAUUUUUUCAAUGGCAUCGACAUGUCUAUGACGGAAAUCGAUCGUGACAGACACGCGUUCAAGCGGCGGGUAAAUGCGAGUGCAUUGAGUCCAGAUGCAGUACGCAAUGUCCAAGAGCAAAUCUUGCAGAACAUUCGCUACUUCUGUACCCAGCUGACAGACGGAAAACCAAAUGACCCAGAAGGAUGGAGUGCGCCGCGAAAUAUCAGCAGACUUGUCGGCUACCUGGUGUCUGAUAUCAUGGGUGAUGUGACGUUUAGCAAGAAUUGGAAUGUUCAGCGUGACAAAGCACGUAGGCAUUUUGUCGAUGAUGGUGCAAUGGGAACGGCGGGAAUUCAUUUGACGGGGCAUAUGCCUGGACUUUUUUUUCUUUCUAUGCACAAGAUAUUGUUCUGGCCGCUCAUUCAGGGAGUACAACAGCUUGCUACCCUGAGUGACUCUAUAACUGAAUGGAGAAUUGCGCAGGGCGAGACUCUGAAGGGAAAGGAUCUAUUCUCUUCACUCCUGGAAGCAGUUGACCCGUUGACUGGCAAAAAGUUCACACAGGGAGAGCUUAUUUCCGAAGCUGGACUUUUGAUUGUUGGUGGAUCCGAUACUACAGUUACUGCGAUGAGCGCUACCAUAUUCUAUCUUUUGCAUAACCCAGCCGCACUUGAAAGAGCACAAAGCGAGGUUCGCAAUACAUUUUCUUCACUAGAGGAGAUCAUCAUGGGCAAAAAACUAGAUUCCUGCCGCUACCUGGUUGCUUGCAUUGAUGAAUCGCUACGCCUGUCUCCUCCCGUCGGCUCUGUGCUACCACGGCAAGUGCAGGCUGGAGGCCUUAUGGUUGAAGGAGAAUAUAUCCCGGAAGGAAUUGAUGUGGGCGUGCCACACUACACUAUCCACCAUAAUCCAGCUUACUACAGCGACCCGUUCACCUUUCGGCCUGAGCGCUGGCUGGGGAGUGGCGAGGGCGGCUUUACUGAGGCUGAUGUAGCGAAAGCACAGACGGCAUUCACUGCUUUUGGGGUUGGACGGACAAGUUGCAUCGGACACUACCUGGCAUAUCAGGAGAUGCAGCUUGUAAUAGGCCGUCUGCUAUUUUCAUAUGACAUGCAACUUGAUAGCAAAAGCAAGCUGGGGGAGGGGGGUCAAGGGAAGGGAUGGGGUCGCCACCGCAAAGGCGAGUACCAGUUACUCGAUCGGUUUGUGAGCAUGCAGGAUGGACCAAUGGUACAGUUCCGUCCUAGGAGUUGAUAACCAUACUAAACACUCAACCUUGAUCAUUAACUUCAUUUGGGUUCCCUACACCUCAUGUUUUCCUUGUAACCCCUAGCCACUUCAUUUACUACAUGGCACUACUUAGUUCUAAGGAU